GCAGUCUGAUCUCGACUCGGUCUCGGCAUUCAGUAGCGCUUCUCCAGCCGCUCAGUUCAGUUCAGCUCGCGACCCUCGAAAGACCUGUAGACAACAUAGCCGCCGCACAAUAUACUAGUAUGUCAUACAAUACCUGAACGGAACUGCGCACAAAGAUAUAGUAAACACCGGAUCGGGUUUCGUGCGCCUUAGAAGAAUUCCGUAUUCCGCGAGAGAGCUGCGCUUCGUUUAGGCCCCCAAUUGACCUGAUUUCGGUUGGAUUUUAAUUUGAUUUUGCGCAUUCUGGCAACGCGGAAACAUUAUGCAAGACACCGCGCGUGUGUGACCGUGUGCAACAAGUGCAGCCAGUGAGAAUCGCAAGAAUACAUAAGUCAUACAUCAAAAUGCCAGCGAAACGCAGCAGAACACUCCGGCAAUCCGGAUCCGCGCUACUGGCCCUGCUGGCGCUCAUUUUCUUAAUGAACAUAUCCUGCACGAGCGGCGCCCGCGAUCACAGGCGACAGACCAACCUGGAGGCCAAAGUGGGCUCCCACGUGGUCUUCAACUGCUACAUCGACUUCCCCUUCGAUGCGCCCAUUCCCUACUUGGUGCACUGGAGCAAGGACAGCAAGAAAAUCUUCACCUGGUACGAGCAGGAGACCUCCACCAAUGAGCUAUUUAAUGGCCGAUUGCACCUGGUCGAAAACCAUCCGGAGUUUGGACGCGCCUCCGUGAAUCUGACCGCCAUCCGGGAAUCGGACCAGGGCUGGUACCACUGCCAAGUUAGCUUCCCCAAUCGCUCGCCCUCGGUCCGCAACAACGGCACGGCCUACCACCUGGCGGUCCAGGGUGGCUCGCUCAUCCGCAUUCCGCCGGUGAAUCAGACCAUCCAGGAGGGACAGACCGCCUUCUUUCACUGCGUGAUGAAGUAUCCGGACAACUCGCAGGCCUCCUGGUACAAGGACGGCGUGCUGCUGCAGGAGGUGCAGGAUCUGGUGCGCAGAUCCUACAUGGGUCCCGAUGGCAGCCUCAGCAUCGAUCCCACCAUGAUGAGCGACCUGGGCGAGUACGAGUGCAAGGUGCGCAAUAGCGAGGGCGAACUGCAGACGGCCAAGGCCUUUCUCAACAUACAAUAUAAGGCCAAGGUGAUUUACGCCCCGCCGGAGGUUUUCCUGCCGUACGGCCAGCCCGCCGUGCUCGACUGCCACUUCCGGGCGAAUCCGCCGCUGAAGAAUUUGCGCUGGGAGAAGGACGGCCUGCUCUUCGACUCGUACAACGUGCCCGGGGUCUUCUACAAGAUGAACGGCAGCCUGUUCUUCGCCAAGGUGGACGAGAACCACGCCGGCAGCUACACCUGCACGCCCUACAACGACCUCGGCACGGACGGACCAUCGCCGGUCAUCAGCGUGAUUGUGCUCCGGCCGCCCAUCUUCAGCGUCACGCCCAAGGCCAUCUACAUCCAGAAGCUGGGCGAGGCCGCCGAGCUGCCCUGCGAAGCCAUCGACCGGGACGGAAACAAUCGGCCCUCCAUUGUCUGGAGCAGGAAGGACGGGCAGCCGCUGCCGGCGGACAGGUUCAGUCUCAGCGGCGGCAAUCUGACUAUCACGGGCUUGGUGGAGGAGGACCGUGGAAUAUACGAGUGCUCGGCGACCAACGAGGCGGCGACCAUUACGGCGGAGGCCGAGCUCAUGAUUGAGAACAUCGCGCCGCGGGCGCCGUACAAUCUCACGGCCAACAGCACGGAGACCUGCAUCACCAUACGCUGGCAGCCAGGAUACCUGCGCCCCAAUCUGGAGUACACUGUGUGGUAUCGACUCAUGGAAGCCCCCGAAUGGCGAACCCUGCGCGUGCUGGAUAAGAAGGUGAUGGAGGCGACCGUGCAGCAUCUACAGCCCGGAAAGGAGUACGAAUUCAUGGUGCUCAGCCAGGACAAAUACGGAGACGGCAUGUUCAGCAAGCAGUUCCGCUUCCAAACGCUACCCUCGCCCAUCAGAGCGGAUGACUUCGAUGCUCAGCAGCUGCAACACGAUCUGGGUCAGGUCACUGCCCCUGCCGGGGGACUGGGAGCUCCCUGGAAUCUCACUGCCAUUAGCAACCAGCAGGGCUGGCUCCUCCACUGGGAGCAUCCCGUCCAGGGAUUGGAGGGCCUGCGCCUGUACGCCGUUCGCUGGUGGAAGGAGCCGGAGCACUUCCUCAUCGGCCAUGCGGAGACCUUCGACAACUACUACCAGCUGCGCCACCUCAAGGAGGACACCCUGUUCAAGGUGCAGGUCCUGGCGGUGGGCACUGAGACGCAGCAAUCGGUGCCCAGCCACGAGCUCCUCAUCGACGUGCCAUCGCAGCGGAAAGUGCGGGCCCUGAUCAUCGGCAGUUCCGUGGGCGUGAUCUUCCUGCUCUGCGCCCUGUGCGCUUUUUUAUACGUGAAGCGGAGCUGCCUAAGGCACCUGUUCGCCAAGGAUAGCUCCGCCGGCGAGGAUGAGGACACCGCCGAGAGCGGCGACUGCGACAGCGACGAGCAGGAUCAGCGGGAUCGGGACAGCAUCAAGAUACGCCAGUCCACCUGAGGAUUGCUCCAGAUCCGCUGGCGAUUUGACAGCAACCAUGUUGGCCAGUGAAACUAAGAGAGGAUAGGAGGAGGAGGAAAUGGGAGGUUGUUCACCGUGCACCAGUCCGUGGAAAUCUGACUUUUAAUAUACGUCUAGCUGCUAUCUGUACCAUAAACUCUACUAAUUGUAACGCCAAGCUAACCGAAUUCGAGAACCAAAUAAAACAAACAGAAACAUA